AUGCCAUGACGUACAAUCCAUUGCAUUUAAAAACUAUUUAAAAACUACAAAGGGUUUGUUUUGAGAUCCCUUGCAACGUAUUGUGUUUGUCAAAAGAGCAGCGAGAGGAGGUGGGAGGAUUCAGGCUUCUGACGUAAAGGCCGUUUCAAGCUGAUUUUGUUAACAAAAAGCUGCACGUCCUCGCAGAUUAAACAGAAAUAACCGAGCAGCUGCAGCCGAAGAGAAACGAAGCAGGGUUGCUCGCAUGUCAUUGUAACUUCAGUCAUUUCUUCAGGACGCUAACUGGAGUGAAACGGAGUAUUUCUUGGACACACAGCUUUUAGGAGAAACACUAGCAAUUAAACAACGCGAGCUACCCGUGCUGGGAUUCUUAUUUACUGGGAAAUCAAGGACAUUUGUUACCGACGUCAGUGAGAUUUCUUUCGCGGAGGAAAAUGCGAUAUUUACGUUCUUCAAUUAGCAGUUCUUAAAAAUCGCUGCGCAAAUUUCGGAAGGAUAUAUUAAUGCUGCUGUUCAAAUCCAUACAGGAAACCUUGAAAAAGUCCAGAAAGGGUGUUAAACACAACAGCAAGCUGCCAGUAUGCUAUGAGAUUGUAACUCUGUCCUUGAAGAAGAAGAUGGCUGCAGAACUGUACCCUGCUAGCACAAACACCAACCUCCCCAACAGCAACGGCACUACAGCGACUGCAAACACCAAGAAAAGCAUCGUCCCGGUUAACCAGACUGUUACACCCUGCACCACAGCUGCGGCUCAGCAAAACAUCAACAACAACAACGUAGAGACUGCCAACUGGCAAUCUUCCCACCCCACCUUAAGGGAAAGGAAUGCCUUAAUGUUCAAUAACGAACUCAUGGCCGAUAUACAUUUUAUUGUGGGUCCACCCGGUAGCUCCGAGAAAGUGCCAGCACACAAGUAUGUUCUGGCAGUGGGCAGCUCAGUUUUCUGUGCCAUGUUUUAUGGGGAUCUUGCAGAGGAUAAAUCUGAAAUCCAUAUUCCAGAUGUGGAACAUGCUGCUUUCCUGAUACUUUUGAAGUAUAUGUACAGCGAUGAAAUUGAUCUGGAAGCAGACACAGUGCUGGCCACUUUGUAUGCUGCCAAAAAAUAUAUUGUGCCUGCUUUGGCAAAAGCUUGCGUGAAUUUCCUGGAGACCAGCCUGGAGGCAAAGAACGCCUGUGUGUUGCUGUCUCAGAGCAGGCUCUUUGAGGAGCCAGAGCUGAGCCAGCGUUGCUGGGAGGUGAUCGAUGCCCAGGCAGAGCUCUCUCUCAAAUCAGAGGGCUUUUGUGAGAUAGACCAACAGACUCUGGAGAUCAUCCUGAUGCGGGAAACGCUCAACACUAAAGAGGUGGUCGUGUUCAACGCAGUUUUGAACUGGGCCGUGGCGGAGUGCAAAAGGCAAGGGCUGGUGGUCACGACCAGGAACAAGCGCAGUGUUCUGGGGAAAGCCCUGUACCUGGUUAGAAUACCAACCAUGACACUGGAGGAGUUUGCAAACGGAGCAGCGCAAUCGGACAUCCUGACUCUUGAAGAAACGCACAAUAUUUUCUUAUGGUACACUGCCUCAAAUAAGCCCACACUGGAGUUUCCCCUGGCACAGAGGAAAGGGCUGGCACCUCAGAAGUGCCACAGGUUCCAGUCAUCGGCAUACCGCAGCAAUCAGUGGAGAUACCGGGGCCGCUGCGACAGCAUCCAGUUUGCUGUUGACAAGCGGAUCUUUAUCGCAGGACUCGGGCUGUACGGGUCGAGUGGUGGCAAGGCGGAGUACAGCGUCAGAAUUGAACUGAAACACCAAGGGACAGUCCUUGCCCAAAAUUUGACUACAUUUAUUUCUGAUGGCUCUAGCAGCACCUUCUCAGUGUGGUUUGAGCACCCAGUGCAGGUGGAGCAAGACACUUUUUACACAGUGAGCACCAUCCUGGAUGGGAAUGAACUCAGUUACUUUGGUCAGGAAGGGAUGACCGAAGUUCAGUGUGGAAAAGUGACAUUUCAGUUCCAGUGCUCGUCGGACAGUACCAAUGGGACUGGUGUACAAGGGGGACAAAUACCUGAACUCAUUUUCUAUGCAUGAUUUUGGACAAUUGCAUACAACUCCUGCUGCAUUCCAUUGCUGCUAGUAAAAGCACAUAAAGAAAAAAAAAGCCUUCUGAAUUUUGUAGUAGUAAGAGGAUGUCACACUGCAAGCCUGUUACCAUCUCAAAAAAACAGCUAUCAAAACUAAGUGAAGGAAUGCUCUUGAAUUUAAUCUUAUUUUAUUUAUUUAAAAAAUAAUGUAAUGUUAUUUGAUUUAAUUAUUAAAAACCACAGUAAGAUGUAAAAAGCUGUACUGCACUUCUAGUGGGAGAUUCCCUGUAGUGUUUUGUAUAUAAAAAUAAUGCUUAUUUGUUUACAUCUUGAGGCUGACUGACGAAACAGAAUGUUCUGUGUUGAGGGCAGCUUAUGAACCUGCAAAUUAUAAACGUUUUCAUGUGA